AACCCUUCGCCGCGCGGAACCCGGCAUGGCGCGCGCGAAGACCCGAGCGGUGCCAGGCAUCUACACGAAAGCACUGGGAAGCAGCUAGGUGCAUCUUCCUAGCUGCAAAUAUGAAUUUGGGAGCGAUGAUGAUGCAAGUAGACCGAGUCUUCCAAACUCGUGGCAACUUUCCAUGUAGAUCUGUACGGCUGCAUCGUGUAAACCGCAGACUGGGAGCAUAAUUCUGCAUGUGCAUGGAAAGCGUGUAAGCGUCACCGAUACGCGCAUAUAUAAGACAAUUCGGUUCGGCCCUAGAUUCCUGUAUUUUAUAGCUUGUAAGCACAACUUCUUGGGUUACGCGUUUAAGUUUCCUGCAGCUGGGAAGGCGUGCGAAGCCCGCUGACGUCACCGGGGCGGGGCCUCGAGAGGCAAGAAAAGUUGGAGCCGUGAACCGUGGCCGCUGCGGGACUCGGCUUCACCAUGAGCACUCACAACUGCUCGGGGCUCCAGGUCCCGUGCAGCUCGGGCCAGCGGCUCCUGCAGCCCCUUUGGGACCAUGUGAGGACCUCAGAGUCAUUCUUCCAGUCGCCCCUGUUCCCGGUCGUCUUCGCGAUCGCCACCUACCUGGGCUUCUGCCUGCCUUUUGUGGCCUUGGAUUUCUUGUGUCCCUGGGUGCCCGCGCUGCGACGCUACAAGAUCCAUCCCGACUUUUCGCCGUCCGCACGGCAGUUGCUGCCCUGCCUGGGGCAGACGCUGUUCCAGCACCUGGUGUUCGUGUUCCCGGUGACGCUUCUGCACUGGGUCCGCAGCCCCGCGCAGCUGCCGCCCGAAGCCCCUGAGCUGCUGCAGCUCCUGCGCGAUGUGCUGCUCUGCCUGCUGCUCUUCGACGCCGAGUUCUUCGUGUGGCACGUGCUGCAUCACAAGGUGCCCUGGCUGUACCGCACCUUCCACAAGUUGCACCACCAGAACGCACCCCCGUUCGCGCUGGCCACGCAGUACAUGAGCGCCUGGGAACUGUUUUCCUUGGGCUCCUUCGACGUGAUGAACGUCAAGCUGCUCGGGUGCCACCCGCUCACCGUCCUGACUUUCCACUUGAUCAACAUCUGGCUGUCGGUGGAGGACCACUCGGGCUACGACUUCCCGUGGUCCACGCACAGACUGGUGCCUUGCGGCUGGUACGGGGGCGUGGCGCACCACGACCUGCACCACUCCCAGUUUAACUGCAAUUUCGCUCCCUACUUUACACACUGGGACAGAAUGCUGGGCACCCUGCGGCCUGCACCCCUCCCGGCGCAGGGCUGCGGCAGUGCUGAGUGCACUGUGGACUGCACGCUCCUGUGCGCUUCGCACUUGAGUCAGAAGAAACACUCAUCACACAGAGGCCUUCUACACCUGCCAUGCGCAUCCAUGAAGGUUGCACAUGGACACCUCCAAGGAGUGUCAUUUUCAUAGGCAUCAGUGUGAAUGUCAGCCCUGGAGGUGUUCCUGGCACAGUUUUCAGAUCUGCGUGGAGUAGAUCUGGAGUAAUGCUUUACUGGGAGAGGAGAAGAUUUUGCAGUGAUCACAUCCUCUUUUCAGUCAUUCUCCAGAAGGUACUUCCUACGCUUUUGUAGUUGAUCGUGGUGAAUUUGACCACAUGACUUUCACUGCAUGACAUGGCUUUCUCAACAUCAUGGUGACAGGUGCACUGCACUUGCACUUUCCUUUGAGUAUUCACAUUCCACAGACCGCUACAUUCCUGACACCUCCCAAAGAAUCACCGUCAAAGUAAUUGCCUGCUUGGACUUGGCACUGCAAGGGCAGAGCAUAGGGAAAAUAUGGGCAUCCACCUUGGGCACUUUC